AUGGCUACAGUGGCAGACGGCGCGCGCUCGGAGGCGUUGGAGACGCACUCAGACACACUCCCGCUCACGAGUGACCAGGUGGACAAGAUCAAAGCCCUCAUAUGCCUCAUGAAGGAGCGCUACGACCCACUGCCGCCGCAGCUGGAGACGUACCUACGGCUGAUACCGCACACCGCCGAUGCAGCUUCAGGGGAGGAAGACGGCGACGGCAAGGCUGGGUCGCGUCACCCCGAUCGCAACCCAAUGUGGUUCUACUGUAUCAGCUUUCUCAUGUCUCGGGAGUGGGAUGUGCAGAAGGCGUUUGCCAUGAUGCAGGAAGUCGUGACGUAUCGAGCGGCAAACCGCCUCGAUGAGCAGAGCCACCUCCCACCUGCCUUUUCGCUGCGCGGGUGGUCUACCGAAGACGUAUGCAGGGCGCUGGGGCAAAGUCCGCGUAAGACUGGUGAGCGCAUCGACCGCGUCUGCGCUGGGGUGGCGCAGGGGCUCACCUGUGGCAUCCACUACUGGGACAAGAAUGGUCGUCCAGUUUUUUAUACGACUAUUGGCAACUUUGAUGAGACUGAGCUCAUGCGACAGCUAAAACAGAUGUCGAGCGUUGGCAAGUCGCAUGUGGAUGUCAUGUGGGAAUACAUGGUGCACAUUCUCAGUGUGACCGAGUCUCUGGUGCUCUACCAGCUCAUCCAGCGCGAGGCGCAGCUGUCAGGGCAGCCACGGACGCCAAAGACCGCAGACGAAGCGGCCCCCGCGUGGGACUUGUCCGAGGGUACCGUGACGAUGGUAUACGACAUGAAGGGGCUUACGCUGAGGAUGCUGUGGAAGCCGGUUAUCGAUGUGUUUCGUGACAACUCCAAGAAGUUUUUCAAGUACUACCCCGACCGAAUUCACCGCAUUGUCUGCAUCAACUCGCCCACUCUCGUCCGCUACGCCUUUGUUCUUGUGCGUAGCGCCUUGCCGGUAACCUUCCAGAAGAAGAUCAGCUUCGUGGGCCCGCGCGACUCUCUCGCCACGCUGGAGACAAUGAUAGACCGAAGGUACAUUCCACACUUUCUCGGCGGCGACUGCCGCUGCAAGGCCCACAAUGGCGAGUGCCUGAGUGGGUACAACACGCGACACCCGCGACGGACGGGGAGAACCGAGAGGACGGGGAAGACGGACGCACAUACGGACGCCUCCGCUGAAGGCAACAAUGAGGCUCCCACGGAGUAUGUGACGCUGGCGGCGGGGCACGAAUGCACGCGUGUGUUUCCGAUGAAUGCGUCGGAAGUGGUCGUCUGGGAGUUCGCUGUGUCGGGUGGUGGUCACGACAUCAUCUUUACCACCUUCUUUGUGCCCCAGUCGGCGGCUUCAGGGAUGCGGUGGACCCAGGUCGAACUGGACAAGCUGACCUCAUACACGGUUACCACGGAGGCGCUGGCCACGGGGUCCGAUGCGUUUGCCGCGGCGGAGGACGGCGUAGUAGUGCUGAAGUGGCACAACAAACGGCACUGGUUUGCCUCAAGGCACCUUCAGUUCCGCGCCUACAAGGAGGAGACACCCACCACCCCUCACCAGCAAACGUGA